AUGGAUAGAACUGACACUGAGGUGAAUCCAAAAGCAUACCCAUUGGCAGAUGCUCAGCUGACUACCAAGAUUCUCAAUCUGAUUCAACAAGCUGUCAGCUAUAAGCAGCUGAGAAAGGGAGCCAAUGAAGCCACAAAAACUCUGCAUAGAGGGCAGUCAGAAUUUGUGGUAUUGGCAGCAGAUGCAGAACCACUGGAGAUAUUGCUGCAUCUGCCACUGUUGUGUGAGGACAAGAAUGUACCAUAUGUCUUUGUGAGAUCCAAGCAAACUCUGGGAAGGGCAUGUGGAGUUUCACGUCCUGUCAUCGCUUGCUCAGUGACGCAGAGUGAAGAGUCACAGCUGAAGCCUCAGAUUCAAGUCAUCCAGCAGGAGAUUGAAAAACUCCUCAUCUAAUGAUCUCUUUUUCACUAGUGAAUUUGGGAUGCUUUUGAAUAAAAUAUGUUUUGUUAAAGAAACAGAG